AUGCUGCAUCCAUUUACUUCAAUUCUAGUUACGUCACAGCAUCUUCUUACCAUGAAGCUCCCAAAGUCCAAUUUCGAAGUGGUUAGGAAAAUUACAGGGAAAGUUAAGCACCUCCAUGUGUUUAUCUCCGUGAGGCUUUGUUCCAUCUCCAAAUGUGCAAUGUGUUUCUUCAGACGCUGUUUCUGGUAUUUCAUGUUCCAAAGCAAGCCAUUAAUAGUUCAACUUUUGUACUUCAUGACAUUAUCCUUUGUUGGUUUCCUUGAUCUGAAGAUCCACAAGCCACGACACAAGCCAACUCCAAGGACCCUGGAUUUGAUGUUCACUUCUGUGUCCACAGUGACAGUCUCAAGGAUGGCAACAGUAGAGAUGGAAGACUUUUCUGACCAGCAGCUCUGGGUGUUAAUACUUCUGACGCUACUGGGAGGAGAAGUGUUCAUUUCAAUGCUGGCGCUGCACUUCAGCAAUGCUGGGAUCAACACAAAUGAAAUCCUCCCAAAAAGAUUAUCUUCAACAAGCAGGGACAUUGAAUCCUUUGAUGCUGUAAACAACAGCACUCAAAAUAAUUCAGAAGACUGCCAAUCAGAAGCAACCACAUCACCUAACUGGGUACAGGAAAGCAAAACCAUGAAACAAAAGUGCCGCAAUAUUUUGGCUCAUAUAGUGACAGGCUACUUCAUAGCAGCUGUUUUUUGCAGCUUCUUAGUCACUAUUAUUUUUGUUCAGAUUGACUCAUAUACAAGACUUCCCCUGAAGAGUAAAGAUAUCAAAAUAUGGACGUUUUCCAUCUUCCCAGCAGUGUCCUCAUUUGCAAACUGUGGCUUCACCCCGGUAAAUGAUAACAUGGCAAUAUUCAGAAAGAAUACCAGUCUUCUACUUCUGGUUAUCCCACAGGUUCUAGCAGGCAACACUAUGUUAUCACCACUAUUGAGGUUAAGCAUAUGGGCCUUGGGGAAGGUUAGCAGAAGACAAGAAUAUGCCUACAUGCUUCAGCAUCCAAAGGAUACUGGCUACAGGUAUUUGCAACCACAGAAGAAUUCUGUCGACACGGUCUUCACUGUUGGGGGGCUAAUUCUAUUGCAAGUGAUGUUUCUUUCCUUUUUUGAGUGGAACACAAGUGCCUUUGAUGGACUGAACUGGUUACAGAAGCUGGUGUGCUCACUGUUCCAGAGCGCAAAUACAAGGCAUGCUGGUGAAGCUAUUGUUGACAUAUCAACCCUUUCUCCUCCAAUAUUACUUCUAUUUGCACUUGUCAUGUACCAUCCUUCUGAUGAUGCAGUUUGCCCUAUCAAUUUUUAUAACCAGCCUUUGACAGAAAGAGAGAGAAAUUCAAAUGAUCAGGCAAUAUGGAUGAAUUAUAUCCUUUCCAAGUCUUGCUUAGCAAUGUUCACAAUUCUAGCAUGUAUAACAGAAAGGAAGUCAAUAUCUGCUGAUCCACUAAAUUUCAUCUUCCGCAUAGCAUUUGAAAUUAUCAGUGCAUAUGCCAAUGUAGGAUACUCACUAGGCUAUAGCUGCGAGAAGUUGUUGAAACCUGAUGCUACCUGCAAAGCUACUUCAUAUGGGUUUGUUGGCAAGUGGACUGAUGAAGGUAAGCUGAUCAUAAUCUUGGUGAUGUUCCUAGGGAGGUUCAAAAAGUUCACGCUCACUGGAAGAAAUUUUUGAACGCCCAUGUAAUUAAUCAUUAAUCAGAGGGGAUGAAACUGUACUGU